AAGGCGCGUAAAUAAAGUUAUAAAUAAUGUCUAUAUUAGUAUUGUUAUGAGUAUAUUUUUGUUAUUUAUUUUAUAGCAAUUUUUAUACUUUACACUUUUUUCAUUUUGAUAUCGGAAACAAUUUCUGCAAGUAUUCUCUUGAGUUAAAGAUUAUGAUUAAAUCGAAAGUUAAAGGAAUCUCGCCUGGUGAGAAAUCAGCAAAGAUGAUCAGUGAUAAAGAUGGAAAGAAAUUGAAAAGCAAGUCUGAAAUCAUAAAUGGAAAUUUAGAGCAAGAUGGAGUGAAUUGUAAUUCUGGGAAGUCUGCACCACAGCCAACAAUAGCAGAUUUUUUGAAUAAAAUGAGUAAAAAGCGAAAGCUUCAAAAUGGCAGUGAUGUUGAAACUUCAAAGAAGACAAAAAGUGAAGACAAGAAGUCUAUUUCCAAUGGUACAUCAAAAUCUGCAGCCAUUUCAAAGAGAUGCACUGAGUGCCGGGAAUUUUUAGAUAGUCCGGAUCUGAAAUUAUUUAAUGAUAGUCAUGUUGAUGCUGUUGAAGAAUUUGUUAUGCUGACUGACCCAAGACUGUCUGUCCAUACAGAUGGUGAUUAUGAUUCUGCAGAUGUCACUGAAAGACCUCAGCAUAAAAUCACACAGUUCUCUGUUUAUGAUCGUUUUACUCAUCUUUGUGGAUUUGAUCAGGGUCUCAUUGAGAAAAAUGUUGAAAUAUAUUUCAGUGGCUAUGUGAAGCCUAUUUAUGAGGAGGAUCCAGGCCCUAAUGGUGGCAUUCCAGCACGUAAUUUGGGUCCCAUAGUGGAAUGGUGGGUAUCUGGAUAUGAUGGUGGAGAAAGGGCUUUGAUUGGGUUUGGAACAGCUUUUGCUGAGUACAUCCUCAUGAGCCCCAGUGAAGAAUAUGCUCCUUUUAUGAAUGCAGUCCAAGAAAAAAUCUAUGUCAGUAAAGCUGUGAUUGAAUUACUAUGUGAAAAUGAGCAAGCAACUUAUGAAGAUUUAAUGAAUGCAUUAGAGACCACAGUUCCCCCUCAAGGAAUUCCCACUUUCAGUGAAGACACUCUUCUGCGCCAUGCUCAGUUUAUUGUUGAUCAGGUCCAGAGCUUUGAUUCUGCUGCUGAUGAAAAUGAUACCAUUCUGAUCACCUCUCCCUGCAUGCGAGCUCUCAUAUCACUCUCAGGAGUCACACUGGGAGGAAAAAGAUCUUCUAAGAUUAUGAGGUCUAGAUUGACCAAGGUAAAGAAGACUGUACAUUCUCUUGCUACCACUACUCCUCUUGUGAGAAGCAUCUUCGAGAAUAUGUUUUUUGGUCAACUGGAAAAAGACUCAAAGCAAACUGCUCCUCGAAGAAAACGAUGUGGUGUAUGUGAGACUUGCCAACUACCUGACUGUGGCCAGUGUGUGUUCUGCAAAGACAUGAUCAAAUUUGGUGGAACUGGCAGAUCAAAGCAAGCUUGUGCUAAAAGAAAAUGUCCAAAUAUGGCUGUACAAGAGGCAGAAGAUGAUGACAUAAUGAAUGAUGUCUAUGAUGACGAAGAUUCAUCACUUAGUCAGCAGAAUGGAAAUAUUCCUUCUAAAAGGCAGGCUUCAAGAAAACAGCAAGUUCAAGUUGAAUGGAUUGGAGAAGCUUGUCGUGUUGAAAAAUCAAAAAAAUAUUUUGAAGCUGCAUACAUUAAUGAUGGAAAGGUUCUUUGUGGAGAUUUUAUCAUGGUUGAACCAUCGGAUCCAAGCACUCCAAUGUAUAUAGCACGGAUUCAAUCAAUGUUUGAAACUUUAUCUGGAAAAAAAAUGUUCCAUGGCUUAUGGUUUGAGCGAGGAUCAAGUACCAUUCUUGGUGAAACUUCUGACCCCCAUGAACUCUUUGGAACUUUUGAAUGUGAAGAUAAUGAAAUGCAUUCUGUUAAAUGCAAGUGCACUGUAAUUUACAAAGAACCUCCUGAGAACUGGUUUCAGUUAGGGGGGACUGAGGAAUCUCUUCAGGAUUUGCCUCUGUUAGAAGAUGAAAAAUGCUUUUACUAUCAAAAAUGGUAUGAUAUGGAAACAUGUCGUUUUGAGGAUCCACCUCCAUCUCACAGUAGCUACCCUGUGCUAGACAAUCCAUCGGAGGAGAAAGGGAAGCUCUUUAAUUGUUUGGGUUGCAAAAAAGAAGCAGAUGACGAAAAGAUAAAAUGUGUGGAGUUAGAAUUUGCUGAAGAAGAAAAUGAUACAAAAUAUUACAGUUCAGCUAACUGGCUGGGCAACUGUAUAAGUCCUGGAGACUGUGUGUACUUGGAUCCUGAUGUUUUCACUCCUAGAAUGGAAUCGGAAAAGAAGAAGCAAAGUUUCAAGGAAAAAAAGGUGGAUGAAACAAUGUAUCCUGAGAUUUAUCGCAGGAAAAAUGAUUACAUUAAAGGGUCCAACCUUGAUGUUCCUGAACCAUUUAGAAUUGGUUACAUCUUAAAGAUAUUUCAAAAAAAAUCUUCUCUACCAAAAAUUUUGGUUAAGAUGUUCUACCGGCCACAUGAUACUCACAAGUGGGAUCAUCCAUCCAGUUACGAAUUAGAUUUAAAUUUGCUUUACUACAGCGAUGAUGAGAUCACUGUGGAUUUCAGUAACAUCAAGGGGAAAUGUUAUGUAAUUUUUGGAGAAAAUUUAACAGAAUCUGUUGAAGAAUAUGCUAAUAAAGGUCCCCAUCGUUUUUAUUUCUAUGAAAGUUACAACAGAACCUCUAAAUCUUUUGAAGAGCCUCCAACUAUGGCACAGAGAAUUGGCAGAGUUGGAAAAGGUAAUAAAGGUAAUAUAAAAGGAAAAAAGAAGACUGUGGGCAAAACUUCCAAAGGACCAACAGAAGAAUUCCAUCCAAUAAUUUGUAAAAAACUGAAAACACUAGAUGUUUUUGCUGGAUGUGGAGGACUUUCCCAAGGUUUCCAUGCUGCUGGAAUCAGUGAGACACUUUGGGCCAUUGAGAAAGAAGAAGCUGCUGCGCAGGCUUUCCGUUUGAAUUUCCCUCAUUGUACAGUCUUUACAGAGGAUUGCAAUCAUUUACUGAGGCUGGUGAUGGAUGGUCAGGAGAUUCUAUACAAAGGCCAAAGACUACCGCAAAAAGGCGAAGUUGAAUGCAUUACUGGUGGGCCCCCCUGCCAAGGCUUCAGCGGCAUGAAUCGUUUCAACUCCCGAGAAUAUUCCUGUUUUAAGAAUUCUCUCAUUGUCUCUUACCUGAGUUAUUGUGACUUCUUCCGACCCAGAUUUUUCUUACUAGAAAAUGUUCGAAAUUUUGUAUCUUUUAAAAGAAGCAUGAUUCUGAAAUUGACUCUACGGUGCCUUAUACGAAUGGGCUAUCAAUGCACAUUUGCUGUGAUGCAGGCUGGAAGUUAUGGUGUCCCACAGACCCGUAGGAGGGCCAUUAUUCUGGCAGCAGCUCCUGGUGAAAUGUUGCCUGUUUAUCCUGAACCAACCCAUGUAUUUUCACCUCGUGCCUGUCAGUUGACUGUAGCAGUUGAUGAGAAAAAAUUUCAGUCAAACAUCAAAUGGACAACAUCUGCACCCUAUCGCACUAUAACAGUCAGAGAUGCAUUGUCAGAUUUGCCUCAAAUAAAGAAUGGAGCAAAGGCUGAGGAAAUCUCCUAUUCAGGAGAAGCACUGAGUCACUUUCAAAAAAAGCUUCGAGGAGUGAUGUAUGAUCCUGUGCUGAGGGAUCACAUUUGCAAAGAGAUGAGCCCACUUGUAGAAGCACGCAUGCAACACAUCCCCACACAGCCUGGGGCAGACUGGAGAGAUUUGCCUAAUAUAGUUGUCAGGCUGAAUGAUGGAACUUAUACUAAAUUAUUAAAAUACACUCAUCAUGACUUGAAGAACGGGAAGGCAAGCAAUGGUGCUUUACGAGGUGUUUGUGCAUGUGCCAGUGGAAAACCCUGUGAUCCGGCAGAUCGUCAAUUUAACACCCUCAUUCCUUGGUGUCUUCCUCACACUGGAAACAGACACAACAAUUGGAGUGGGCUGUACGGCCGGCUCGAGUGGGACGGCUUCUUCUCAACAACUAUCACAAACCCAGAGCCCAUGGGGAAACAGGGUCGUGUACUUCAUCCUGAGCAGCAUCGAUUGGUGAGUGUUCGAGAGUGUGCUCGAUCGCAAGGUUUCCCUGAUUCAUACAGAUUUUUUGGAACAAUUCUAGACAGACAUCGACAGGUGGGCAAUGCUGUUCCUCCUCCUUUAGCUGAAGCUAUUGGUUUAGAAAUAAAAAAGUGCCUAGCAUACAAGGAACAAAAGACUGAAAAAGGCAUUUUCCAACUUUUUGCUUAAAUCAAAUAUUAUAUUGUAUGUUCUAUGCAAAAAGACUUUUAGAUAUUUUGUAUAUUUUGUCUAAUGAUUUACAAAUAAUUUUAAUAUCAUUUUACUG